AUGCCAAAAAAGACUCUAGAGCAGCUUGAGCAAGAGGCCAGAGAGUCAGUUCCAUAUUUGGGAAGCGAUGAGGAUGCGUCCAACCUUAAAAACGUGAACUUCGCGUCAAAGCGCGGAGCAACAGCCGUCGCUGCCCCAUCUUCAUCCGAAGUUAAGCCAUGGGUUCACUUCGUCGCGGGCGGUCUGGGAGGCAUGGCCGGAGCAGUUGUAACUUGCCCGUUUGAUGUGGUAAAAACCCGUUUGCAGAGCGAUGUUUUCCAGGCCGCGUAUAAGAGUGCUAAUCCUGGGCCGCACAAGUCUUCCAAUUUUGUCAUGAGCGGAGCUAGGCACUUUAGAGAAACAUUUGGUAUAAUCUCCAACGUGUACAAGCAAGAGGGAUUCAGAAGCCUUUUCAAAGGGCUGGGACCUAACUUGGUGGGCGUGAUUCCUGCCAGGAGCAUAAACUUCUUCACCUACGGAACGACAAAGCAGAUCUAUUCGAGGGCAUUCAAUAACGGAGAAGAGGCGCCUUGGAUACAUCUGAUAUCUGCAGCAACUGCGGGAUGGGCCACCUCUACCGCUACAAACCCCAUUUGGUUGAUCAAGACCAGACUGCAGCUGGAUAAAGCCGGACACACGAAACAGUACAAAAACUCUUGGGAUUGUUUGAAGCAUAUUCUACAAAAAGAAGGUUUUUUUGGUCUGUACAAAGGUUUGAGUGCAUCAUAUCUGGGCUCAGUUGAGGGUAUCCUUCAAUGGCUAUUGUACGAACAAAUGAAACAAAUGAUCAAGAUGCGGUCUAUUGAAAAGUUUGGACACAUAAGUGAAGGAGAGAAGAGCACCUCAGAACAGAUCAAAGAGUGGUGUCAAAGGUCUGGGAGCGCUGGCCUUGCCAAGUUUAUGGCAAGUAUUGUCACGUAUCCGCAUGAAGUGGUAAGGACAAGACUUAGACAAGCUCCACUAGAAAAUGGGAAACUUAAAUACACUGGCCUAAUCCAAUCCUUCAGAGUCAUUAUCAAAGAAGAGGGCUUAGCCUCAAUGUAUGGCGGGCUGACGCCUCACCUUUUAAGAACUGUGCCAAACAGCAUAAUCAUGUUUGGUACUUGGGAGUUGGUGAUUAAACUACUUUCGGAUGUGUGA